GCUUGAAGGCUGAGUUGUCAAGAUUCUCAAGUCAUUGCGUAGGGUUCACUGCCCCUUCGACGUACUUAGUAGAAGAUGAUUCCAGAUUGAAGUGCUUGCCUUCAUUGUCACAACGAAUUGUUCUCCAUCCUUCUGGCCAUUGUGACAACUUCUCAUCCCAGCAUUCUUCCUGUGGCCAUGUAUUUUAAACCGCCUGGUGUCAACAUCUCGCCUAGCUUCGUUUCUGAUGGAGAGAAGAAUGCGGCGGUCAUAACUGUUCCUCCUCGGUUCAGAGGAACACAUGCAGACCAGAAAGACAUGGCUAUGCUUGGUAAACCGCAAGAGCUGCGGUGUCAGCGCAACUUCAGAUUCGUGACAAUGCUAGGAUUUGCCAGCACUGUGAUGUCUUCAUGGGAACUUUUACUGCCACUCUGGAGCUUUGUGCUGACCGAUGGAGGCACACCUAUCCUGUUCUGGGGCUUUAUAGUGGUCGGAUUCAUCAUGGGCCUGGUUUAUGCUAGCAUCGCAGAACUUGCUUCGAUGUCUCCCACUAGUGGUGGACAGUACCACUGGGUGUCGGAGUGUGCCCCUGUUUCUGUGAGAAAGCUUUUAAGCUAUACAACAGGGUGGCUCUGCGCGAUAGGGUGGCAAGUGUACCUUGCAGGCGUUUGCUUCAUGAUUGGAAGGAUCAUCCAAGGUCUGAUGAUCUUGAACUUGGACAGUUACGAUCCUCAGCCCUGGCACGUAACUCUGAUCACGAUUGCUGUUGCGAUAUUAGCGAUCAUGUUCAACACUGUGCUGGCAGAGCAACUCCCAGUACUCGAAGGCGUAGCACUGCUGCUUCAUAUGCUUGGCUUCUUUGCUAUCAUUAUACCUCUCUGGGUCAUGGGACCUCGCCGCAACUCAUACGAUACGCUUUUGAACUUCACCAACAAUGGAGGCUGGCCAUCGACAAGUCUGUCAGCUAUGAUUGGCAUGUCUGCAAGCCCCCUGUCGGUCUUGAUUGGUUUCGACUGUUCUGUCCACAUGGCUGAAGAGAUUCGAGAUGCUUCGAUCACAUUACCCAAAGCCAUGGUGUGGUCGGUCGGACCCAACGCGCUGAUGGCAUUCCUCAUGGGUAUAACUUUGAGUUUUACUGUCGGUAACCCAGAUGCAAUCGCCAUGACGCCAACCAACGAACCUUUUAUCCAGAUCUUCUUCAAUGCCACGAACAGCCAUGGCGCGACAAACGCCAUGUGCGCAACAAUUAUCAUCAUGCUGAUGUGCAACGCCGUCAGCGAAGUGGCUACAGCUUCGAGGCAGAUUUGGUCUUUUGCUCGCGACGGAGGCUUGCCAUGCUCAAGAUGGUUGGCGACAGUAACGCCGGGUUGGAACAUUCCCAUUCGCGCUGUUAGCGUCUCUCUCGUCGUUACUUCUGCCAUUGCCUGUAUCAACCUAGGCAGUUCGGCAGCGCUGAAUGCUAUCAACUCCCUAGGUGGAGUAGCAAUCCUGACGUCCUACAUCAUUGCUAUCAGUGCUUUGAUAUGGCGACGUCUGUAUGGUGCUCCAUUGCCGCGUCGACGAUGGUCCCUCGGACAGGCUGGUUUAUGGAUCAACAUAGCGGCAGUAGCUUUACUGCUGCCUGUGUGGUUCUUCAUGUUCUGGCCGUUAGCGCAGCCGGUCACAGCAACUGACAUGAAUUGGUCAUCAACCAUGUUUGGUGGUGUAAUGAUCAUUGCACUGGUGUACUAUGCCUUCAAAGGCAAGCACGAGUACAUCGAACCCGUACUAUUGAUCAAACGAGACUGAGAGUUGGUGACUUAGAUAGCGCUCGGAGGGUAGGGCUUGUGUCCU